AGCAUCUUAGGUGCGGAAAUUAGUAAAGAAAAGGCUCCAGAGGAUAAACAUUGACAAAUGCUACCUGCUUUUUCAUCUUCACUCGCCAAAUAGCUUGCAAUUGCGAUUCGAUCGUCUAAUUAAUAUUUCCUGUCUCCACAGUUCUCCAGUUGCAGUUUAUCGCAUCUGAAAUAAGCAAUUACGAAUUGUACGAACUGUAUUCUUUUUCCAUGGCAUUUCACCGGAGCUCGCUUCUUCUGCGCUUGGCCAAAGGCAGCAGCCGGAGGGCCGCGGUGCAAGCUUCCUGCAGUCCCUUUGUAUACGGUUCAUCUGAUUACUCUGAUUGCCAGAGAUGGUAUUCGAGCUCCGGACAAGAUAAUAGUACAACGGCGUCAGCAACGGGGUACCACGUCAGCAACGGACCGUCCUACAUGCGUGGUGCGGUCUUUUGGGAGAAGAAUAAGCCCCUCACUUUCGAAGAUUUCCACAUGCCCCGCCCUAAAGCCAAUGAGGUUCUCAUCAAAACCAAGGCAUGCGGAGUUUGUCACUCGGAUCUGCAUGUGAUCAAAGGGGAGCUUCCAUUUGCCAGCCCUUGUGUUGUGGGGCAUGAGAUUACCGGGGAGGUGGUUGAACAUGGGCCACUUACUGACAGUAAAAUCAUUGAAAGAUUUCCUGUUGGAUCUCAAGUUGUUGGGGCUUUCAUAAUGCCUUGCGGAAGCUGUCUUUUCUGCUCUAAGGCAAGUUUGGUCAAGAUGACUUGUGCGAGUCUUUUUUCGCUUAUAAUCGAGCAAAAGGGACACUUUAUGACGGCGAAACAAGGCUAUUUCUCCGUGGUAGUGAUGUUAUUGCCUUUAAAUUUGGUGACAAGAUACUCUGGUUUACUAUGUACUUGUACCACAGGAAAGCCAGUUUAUAUGUACAGCAUGGGAGGCCUGGCUGAGUUCUGUGUGGUGCCAGCCCAUGGAUUAGCCGUUCUACCCAACUCGUUGCCUUACACAGAGUCUGCAAUACUUGGAUGUGCAGUUUUUACUGCCUAUGGAGCAAUGGCUCAUGCUGCUGAGGUCCGUCCUGGUGAUGCCGUUGCAGUAAUUGGCAUUGGGGGUGUUGGUUCGAGUUGUCUGCAGAUAGCUAGGGCAUUUGGGGCUUCCGAGAUCAUUGCAGUAGAUGUUCAAGAUGAGAAACUUCAGAAAGCUAAGAUAUCUGGAGCCACUCAUGCUAUAAAUGCACGGAAAGAAGAUGCCGUAUUGAAAAUCAAAGAGAUUACAGGAGGAAGGGGUGUAGACAUAGCCGUAGAAGCUCUCGGAAGGACACAGACAUUUUCCCAAUGCGUGCAAAGUGUACGUGAUGGAGGGAAGGCUGUAAUGAUUGGACUUACGCUCUCUGGUGCUAAAGGGGAGGUUGAUAUAAACCAUUUGGUCCGCAGACAGAUUAAAGUGAUAGGGUCUUAUGGGGGCAGAGCAAGGCAGGACCUUCCGAAAUUGAUUAAGCUGGCUGAAAGGGGGAUUUUCAGUCUUGAAGCAGCUGUUUCAAGGAAGUGCAAAUUUGAGGAGGCUGGGGAGGCUUAUAAGGACCUUGACCAGGGGAAUAUUAUCGGUCGUGCUGUAGUGGAGAUCAUGUAAUACCUGUGAAUUAUGAAUUUCUACUAUAGCUUGUGGCGACAUUUGUAAGAAUGUGUGUUCUUCAUCCUAUAAAGGAAGUUGCAAUUGAACAUCUACACCUAUCUCUGUCUCGAGUAUUUUACAAAAUUACUCUUGUAAUAAUCUUACCUUGAAAAUAUGGUAAAUUUCGUAUGCCGGAAGACUUUGUAUUCGCUUGGCCUCUCCAACUUGAUGUUGUCAUGUUGAACCAGAAAAUGUGAUAAACAGAAGGGUG